ACAUACAAAUAGAUACCGUCCUAAAAGCUCACAGCUCUGCGAGGCUAUGUUUGGGCAGAAAUGGCGGAAAGGAUGAGUGGAUUAAUGCGAGAGGUAGUGGUCGCACAGCCUUUGACAGCACGAUGGAAAGAAAUUGUUGUCUGUACAGGUGCUUCAGUCAGCACUCUUCAAGAUAUAAAGGUACCAGAUAGCUGCGGAGGCUACACGUACAGAGACAGUGGACUUCAAGGCUCUCCAGCUCGAAACAGAUUUAUUUACUGGCGAACAUCAGGUGAUGUGCUUGAGCUUGAAGAAUCAUCACUUGACAUCACGCUGACUGGUGGUCGAGUGCGUUAUCGUAUGCAGGACACGCCGAUUGUUGGUGGAGUUUCUAUCACAGAGUCACAUGGACAUGUUAUUGUACUGGUGGCAACUGUUGCCAGUGUACAUCGCCUAGUUUUUCCCCAUCCUUGCCAAAGUCGACCACAGGAUGGUGGCUUUGUCCUAUCAGACCAUAUCUCAACAUCCAUAUUCUAUGAUGCCUCACUCUCUACGGCCACAGAUAGUAAGAACAUGCACAUGCUGAAUCCAGGUGGUAGCAUCACAACACAUCUUCUCAGUGCCACAUCCUUUGUAAAUAAUGAUGGGGAAGCAGUAUUUGCUCUUGCCACAAGUGCUGGAAGCAUCAUCCUUCUGAAACUUCCACCUUUUGGAGUCACAGGUAUUGUUAUACAACACGAACUGUCACAGUCAUCAGUGACAAAACUUUGGAGUGGUCUAGUUCCUGGUGUCAUCAGGGGAAACCAUCAGGCAUCAGACACAACAGUUAGCUUGGUGAUGCAGUCUCUCUAUGGGGAAACCUACAUCUUUGCACUGUGUCGGGAUCUACGUUUGCGAAUAUGGGCCACAAAGACAAGAGACUGCGUAGCCACAGUGAAUCUUGUUGACAUGCUUGGUGAAGCUCCGCACUCUGUCAACACCGCAGCUACAGGUCAUAUCAUCAAAAGAGUGCAGUCACCAAACACUGGAGCACUUGGUUUAUGUGUGUACUUAUCAUUCCCGGACGUAAGCCAGUUUAUACUGAUGGAACCUGUGGCAAUGGAUGGGCGACUUUACAUUCAACGAAGAGCAGUUCUGUCACAGCCUGCAGAGGAUCUCAUUGACUUUUGUGUAACGGCAGACCAGCUUGUGACGUUGUGGACAGGCAGUGCCGGGGAAACCAUUGCCCGUUCUGCUUGUCUAACAGAAGCUGGCCAAACAGGUAAAUGGAACGAACUACUGUUAGAACCACCAGAUAGAGGUGAACCACUUAUUCCUCCAAACCAAGAUCCACGGGACUUCUACAUUGAGCUCAUCUUCAGUCGGAAAGAAUUUUCAAAUCAAGAGAUAAUCCGUGCUCUAAGUGUGUUUCGACGAAGUCAGGAUGCAUCCGUCCAUGUUGACAAUCUUCUGUUCACCAGUGAUUUGAAAGAUGAUGUUAUAAUGGCAGUGGAGAAUGAGAUCAGGGACAAUGCUCCAGAUUAUGAGAUCCAGGAAGAUGCUUACUAUCAGCUGCAGCUAGAACAAUGGGGUCGGUUUUAUUCCUGCUGUUGCCAGUACCGUGAAGUUGGAGCAAAGCUGCAGGGAGUUUUUGCUGACAGUGUUACAGGAUUAGUAUGCCUGAUCAGGAAAGCAAGUAUUAGUUACCUUCGACCAUGCGAGCUAUUGGAGCGUCUAUAUCUCUGUGAAGGAGAAAGGCUGACGCCAGAGGAGCUAAAUGAUCUGCAGUUUGGUAUAGAAGGUGUUUCUCCACAUAUGGUAAGUGAAGAGAUCUACAAAAUCUGCCGGAUUGCGCAGCUUAUAAGGUCUGAAAUCUCCGAUGACAUUGCAGCACAAUUCCUUUUAGAGCUCAGGAUGUUGGAGUCACCAGUAGCACUAGCAGAAAAGAUUGUUGACACACUUUUCUUUGAAGAAACCGACUUAGAGUCAGAAGUGGGAGAAGUGGUGAAGAUGAGACUUCAGGACGUGAAAAAUCUGCUGGAAAGUCUAGAUCUUCUGCAGCAAAUUCUUGACCUCCAGAACACUGCAGAUACCCAGUCAUUUAUGGAUGAUUCAGCUGCAGAUGCAGUUCGUCAUUUGAACUACAGCCAUUUGUUCACAAGCACAGAGGCUUCAGCUAUUAUUUCUCGCUCAUUCGAACAAGUGUGUCUGACACGCCUGUCUUUUCUGCGGGACUUGAUUAUACUGCAGGUCCUCUCACUGCGCCUGGGAAAAAAGUACACCCCAGGAACUGGAAUCAACCAAAAUCAGCAGCAGGAAUUGCUACAAGUCUAUAGUAACUUAGUGCGCAGCUACAGUAUUCUGUACUGGACAACACAGGCCCUCACCGUUACCAAUACAACUGCUGCCUUGGAUAGGAACAUCCGUCGACUGGCCAGUCUGGAGCUGCAGGAGAGUGGCGGUUUCUCACCAUCUUGCCCAGCUACCGCUACCCUGUCAGUUCUUGAAUCAUUUGUCCGAGCGUUGGGAGGUACUCGUGCACGUCGACAGGUUGCUCUCAUGCAAGAGCAAGAUUCACUAGCUACAUGGUCACAUGACUUGAUGGCAUUUGUUCAGGCAUUGGAAUCGCUGGUCUGGCCUUUGAGCGACGAACCCAUCUUUCCAGAAUUUUUGGCAGGCACCUGUCAGUACCUAGCAUUGCAAGAAUAUAUUCGUCAGCUCCGACCGUGGUGCACAUGGAAUGAUGCUGCUGCCAUGUUCUUCCUGGGGCUGUCUUACCUCCACUUUGAUGAAGCUCAGAAGGCACGGCAAUGUUUCAUUAGUGCAAGUGAAGGAAUUGCCACAGAGACUUUCCUGUCACAUAGACUACUUCAUAGAGAAGAAGCCAGUCACCCUCAGCAAACUAUCCUGUUCUACUUAAAGGUCAUUAAGCUGUUUGAAGAGUAUGGCAUGCCAGACAUUGUGAUCUCCCUUGCAAAUGAGGCUGUUCGGCAAGCAGAAGAUGAUGAUCCUAACCUGGCUACCUUGCAGUCAAAGGUGUUUAAAUAUCAGCUGGAACUUGGUCACAAUCAAGAGGCUUAUACUGCUAUGAUGGCCAACCCAGACCCAACUCGGCGUAAGGACUGCCUUCGUCAGCUUGUUGUAGUGCUUUGCGAGCGAGGAGAAUUACAGACCCUUGUUGAGUUUCCAUAUAAGGAUAUGCAAGAGGAGGUUGAAGUUGUGUUAGAAAAGCGAGCUCGGUCUGUGGAUCUGGCCACACACAACUACUAUGACUUGCUGUAUGCAUUCCACAUAUACAGAAACAACUUUCGCAAAGCUGCCAGCAUUAUGUGUGAGCAUGGAAUGCGUCUAGGGCAAGAGAUACCAGGGUUAAAGGGAUUGCAGCGCCAGGCGCAGUGCUACUUGGCAGCCAUGAAUGUGUUGCGGCUAGUGAAGGAAGACUAUGCAUGGAUUGUCAAACCAGUGCUAUGCACAAAAGAUACAGAACUACCAUCUGAUGCAGACAGCCCAUACAAGCACAGUGUUGAUGGCAAAGAUAAACAGAGGUCACAUGACAAGCAAAAGGUAGAGCUUCUAGAGCUCAGUCAGCUUGAAAAAGAAUAUCUUCUCCUAGACGCUCGUUUACGACUUAUUCGCAAAAAUCCUGAUCCAUCUCUUAUGUCAGGGCCCACACCUGGAGCACAUGAAAUGGUGGGAAUACUGGUGAAUGCUGGGCUCUAUGAUUUGGCACUUACUGUGUGCCAUGCAUUUUCCAUCAGCCUGUAUUCUGUAUUCAGCUCUCUGGCUCUCAGAUGUGUCAACCUGUCUCGGGCCAGUUCCCACUUCAUGGUGAUUGACAACAAUGAGGCAACAGCAGCGUGGGAGUGGCUGCGAGAAAAUGACAUCCGGUCAAACACUGCUUGCAGAGAUGGCAGUGCUUCCGAUCAUGCAUGGAGACUUCUGCAGUGCUACCUGGAGCGCUUUGAGGAGUCUGAUGUUCGUUACCACCGCUGUGUGGCCGAGAAACUCUUAUCUGAAGGUUUUCCUCUUCCUGCCUGGCUGGUGAACUCCUUCAAGGUGCUAAGUGCUUCUCAACUUUUCCGGGUGUACCUGGACUAUGAUUUACUACAAGCUGCUGCACAACUCUGCAUGGAGUACCUGGAUGCCUUGUUGGGGGUACUUCAAGGCCAGGAUUCUCCAGCAUUUGGGCUAAAGGGGCUGCUGCAACAUGGUCCCAUGUCAGUGUGGGUGCCCUACACAUGUGUUGACCAGCUUUUGAGGGCACUUAAACAGCACCAGGAAGAUGACUCCUUCAGGCAGCUAUACAGACAACUUGAUGAAAAAAUUGCAGUUUAUCAAAAGAAGAUUUCAGAAUUGUCCGGAGUUAGCUGAUUUGUGAAAAAGACAUUAAAAUGGGACAUAGCUGCUACUUUGUGGAGCAACAUGGAAAAGACUUUAAAAUCAUGUGCAAAAUUGUUUUCAAAAUCUGACUCUUCAUCGUUUUAAUGGUGACUUAAAGGAAAGUAAAAAAGUUGGAGUUCAUGUGAUUAGUAUGAAAUGUGAUGUAUGGUGCUCUGGUGUUUGUGUCAUGUAAAAAUGCAUCAUGUAACUGAUUAACAAAGAUAUAUUAAAAUAUGCCUUCAACAGAU